UUGAAACUGUCAGGCUGCUGCUAAGGUAGCCCCGGUACUGGCUGUGGCUUUAGCAGGGACGCGGCGGGCGGACGCGGACGGAGGAGUCGGGGUUCCUGGAGAGCUGCGACGCCCACUGUGAUUGAGACCUGUUCUACUUUCCACUGAAAUUGUUCAGGGAAAUGUCAUAGCAACUUCCUGACUGCCAGACUCAAGGGAUUCUGUCCAGUUCUCAUCUUUCUUUGUAUUUUUACAGAAUGUCAUCAGAUGAGGAGAAAUACUCAUUUCCAGUUAUGCAGAAUGACUGCAACCAAAACAGUUCAAGCUCUUCAGAUCUUCAGGAAGAGUAUGAAGAAUUGCUUCGUUAUACUAUAGUGACUCCAAAUGUUGAACCAGGUACUUCACAGCCAUCUCAUUCUAAGGGAGAAGUGGCGCCAGAUGUUAGAUUUCAUACUAUAAUUGAUGAUACUCUUCAUAAUCAAGUAAGAAGAGAAAGAGAAACAAGGACGGAAGUUAGAAAAGGAUGUGAUUUAAAUAUUUCAGGUCAUUCAAAGACAGAAGGGUUAUCACCAGUGUCAUCACCAAGGAAGCCUUUUCACCCGGUCAUGGAUUUUUUCAGUUCAAAUAUUUUAGGCGACUCUUCCACACCAGGGUCUAAUUCUAGUCAUGCAGGUAUCCAUGAAAUAAUUGUGGGCAAUUCUGUUGUUUCUGAAGAAAACCUUCAAAAGGUGGAAAGUGUACUGGAUCUUUGGAGUUCAGGUCUUAAGACAAACGUCAUAUCUGAACUAACUAAAUGGAGACUAAAUUUUAUUGACUGGCACCGUAUGGAAAUGAAAAAAGAGAAAGAAAAACAUGCAGCACAUUUAAAACAACUGUGCAACCAGAUCAACAGCUUGAAGGAGCUGCAGAAAGCCUAUGAAAUUUCCAUUGGGAGAAAAGAUGAGGUGAUUUCCAGCUUGUCUCACGCCAUAGGCAAGCAAAAGGAAAGGAUGGAGCUGAUGAGAACAUUCUUCCACUGGCGGAUUGGCCAUGUCAAAUCCAGACAGGAUGCUUAUGAAGGGAAACUAGCUGACCAGUACUUCCAGAGAAAUUUACUGAAGAAAGUGUGGAUAGGCUGGCAUUCUACGGUGCAAAAGAAGUGGAAGGACUUGGUGGAGCGAGCUUGUCAAGCAAGAGCUGAAGAAGUUUGUGUCCAAAUUUCCAAUGAUUAUGAAAACAAAGUUGCUGUGUUAUCUGGAGCUUUGGAAAAUGCAAAAGCUGAGCUCCAAAGAAUGCAACAUGAAAAAGAGCACUUUGAAGAUUCCAUGAAGAAAGCUUUCAUGCGGGGGGUGUGUGCAUUAAAUCUUGAAGCCAUGACAAUGUUUCAAAAUAGAAAUGAUGCAGACUUCACAAAUAGUAAGAAGGAAGAGUAUGGUCCUGUUCAUCUGGAUCCUUCGGCUCCGAUACCCACAGGAGCCGCCCCAGCACCGUCCUCAGCAGCAACAGCCAUGGGAGGGGCCAGCACUGCUGCCUUUCCCUCUGCCACGUCCAUCACCUCUGCGGGGACUGCUUCCGCCUCCUGUGUGUCUGCUCCUCUUGGUGCGGGGUCCACGGCUCCCACUGCGUCAGAAGAAACGUAUGUACCCAGAGUUGUGACAUCUGCACAACAGAAAGCUGGAAGAACAAUUACAGCCCGGAUCACGGGGAGAUCUGAUUUUGCUUCAAAAAACAGAAUUAGUAGCAGUUUAGCUAUAAUGGGAGUUUCUCCUCCCAUGAGUUCAGUUGUUGUGGAAAAACAUCAUCCAGUCACAGUGCAAACCAUUCCUCAAGCUGCUGCAGCAAAAUACCCCCGGACUAUUCAUCCUGAAAGUACUACCUCAGCUUCCAGAUCUCUCGGAACUAGAUCGACUCACACCCAGUCUCUCACAAGCGUUCAUUCCAUCAAAGUGGUUGACUGAAAUGAAUACAUUCAUAUUAAGAUCUUUUAAGUGCUCUGGUUUUACCAAGGAUUAGAAGUCUUUAGUUUCAAAUUUUUCCAUAUUUCUAGAACAUCAUGGAUACAUCAUGUUCACCUUUUCAGAAUUAUAAGAGACUUUUUCAAGCCACACCAUCCUUUGUAAAAUAAUAUGUAGGAUUAUUUUAAUGUUAUUUUUUUAAUUUAAGCAAUUAAGUAAAACUUUUUUAAAUUAAAAAACCGGACUAUAUUUUUUAAUAGGCUCAGCCUGUGGCUGAUUAUAUCAUCAAAGUAUAUAAAUCCUGUUUUCUCGACAUUAUUCCACAAAGCUGAAUCAUUUCCAAGGUUACUAAGUAAACUUUAAGAGAAGUUUAUUUUAAAAAUUAUUAAAACUAAUUGAAACUAAGGUAUUUAAGUGAAAAAGAUAAAGACCAAGAGUAGUGAUAUUUAUAUCACAGUUUUUUGUGACUGUAGUGUAUUUAUCUUCAUUUUCUAGUAGUCCAGCAAUUAAAAACGGGGAAAUGGCAACACCUAUGAAUAAUUUUUGAUGUUAAAAGGAAAAAAAUUUACCAGCACAAAAACACAGUUACAGAAACAUCAAAAGAAAAUUUUCUAUUAGAAUGAUCCUAUUUCUGAUAUUCUUCCUUGCCUCUUUGGAAACCUCAGUUUGGAAUCAAUAUUGUUCUCUCUAAACAUCCAGUGUCCUGGAGUGGUGUAGCCCUGGGCAACUCGGCAAAUCUUCCAAGCCUGCAUAGAGACUUUCCAAUGCUGGCCAAUAGGAAGAAACCAUCUGGGCAAAACUGACGAAGCAGUACAGAACCAGGCCUCUAAUGAUUCGUUGCUGGCUGCCUGGGUUAAAGUACUUAUGGGUGCAUAAAACAUGAGUAGAUUCUGAAGUAUCUGUC